UCCGUUUUUGUUUCCCCUCUGGCCCCGCUGCCGUCAGUGUAGUAUAUCGUUCACCGCAAGACAAAAACCGAUAUUGUGUUGUAAUUCACUGGUUUUAUUACUUUUUUUCCCUUCCAACAAGUAAGUGUAUUAAAAUUAUAUUAAGUGAAUGCAAUUUUACGUGUUUUUCACGAAGUGUAUUUGUUAAAAAGUCGUUUUCUCACAAAUCUGUGUCUGUGACGCAUAGAAGGAGUGCCCCCUUACUUGCAGCAGCCAUUUUGCUCGAGCCGGCGACACGAUUUCGCGGUGCGGUUAGAUUAAUUCUAAAUUUUUGUAAUCGGGAUUUAUGUUUUUCCUAAAGUAUUUAUUUUUAUUCGUUGCGUUGUAGUAUAGUACAUUUGGUGGAUUAAGACGUUUCUCGUAACAAGGUUCACCGCGGGCAUCAGUGAAAUAAUCCUCUCCCAUCGUCCACGAUGUCCGUCGACAAGGAGGAACUGGUGCAACGCGCCAAGCUGGCGGAGCAGGCUGAACGAUAUGACGACAUGGCGGCCGCGAUGAAGGAAGUCACGGAAACCGGCGUCGAGCUGAGCAAUGAGGAAAGGAACCUGCUUUCCGUUGCUUACAAAAACGUGGUGGGCGCUCGACGAUCGUCAUGGCGUGUCAUUUCCUCCAUUGAACAGAAAACCGAAGGCUCGGAAAGAAAACAACAGAUGGCAAAAGAAUAUAGGGUUAAAGUAGAAAAGGAGCUCAGAGAAAUCUGCUACGAUGUUUUGGGUUUACUUGACAAGCACCUUAUUCCUAAAGCUAGUAAUCCAGAAAGUAAAGUAUUUUACCUUAAAAUGAAGGGUGACUACUAUAGGUACCUUGCAGAAGUGGCCACAGGAGAAACCAGAAAUUCUGUUGUAGAGGAUUCACAGAAAGCAUACCAAGACGCUUUCGAGAUCAGCAAGGCGAAAAUGCAGCCCACACACCCAAUAAGGCUGGGUCUGGCGUUAAAUUUCUCCGUCUUCUAUUAUGAGAUAUUAAAUUCACCAGACAAAGCGUCCGUCGUGGAGGACUCGCAGAAGGCCUACCAAGAAGCAUUCGACAUUGCUAAAGCCAAAAUGCAACCGACCCACCCCAUCAGACUCGGCCUUGCGCUCAACUUUUCCGUGUUCUAUUACGAGAUAAUCAACUCCCCUGCGCGAGCGUGCCACUUAGCUAAACAGGCGUUCGAUGAUGCGAUCGCCGAAUUAGACACACUGAAUGAAGACUCGUACAAAGACUCGACACUGAUCAUGCAGUUGCUGCGAGACAAUCUGACGCUGUGGACGUCAGACACGCAGGGCGAUGGCGACGAGCCCGCCGAGGGCGGCGACAACUAAUCUCGCGCCGCGCUCACUCCCAGCACACGCAUUUGUUCUCAUUGGUGUUUUAUAAGAAAACGAGUAACAUUCGAGAACGCCGCGCGGCGCGGGUCCUCCGCCGCUGAUGCGAGCCGUCGCUUGUAAAAAAAUGUUAAAAAUGUCGUUCGCAGCGGACCUUCACGUUCCGUCUAAAAUUAAAUGUUAUGUGUCAUCUUUGACGGUUUUGUAUUUCUGUAUUUACACUGGAUUACAGAUAUCGAGCUGACCCGAUGAAUAUAAAUAUUUAUAACUUAAGUUAUUAAAAUUACGGUUUCUUAAGUUAAAAGUGUUUUCCUUUCUAUAUUUAGAAUAAAACUUAACAGCCUGGUCGGCCCCAAAUUAACAUUCCUUUCGCCGCAUGUCCGCAGUGAAAAGGAGAUCAUGAUGGUGAAUAUUGUUUUAAAAUUAUGCUAUUCGUUAUUAAAAUUUGUUGAAGUGCGCCCAUAACUGACCCUAUGAAAUUAGAUUUUACAUAAAGUGAAAUUAAACCACCUGUAUAAUAAUGGCUGUAUCAAUUUAAUUAGGGCACAAAAAACUUGUUAGUGUCUUUCGUGGUUUUUGUGAUGUCCUCUAACAUUUUAUUAUUACCAAAGGAAGUCUUUAAUUGUUGACAUUAACCAUUUUGUUGUGCCCAAUCAGUGAUUAUAAUAGCAUUCUGAAUUUUCAGGCAUUUAUUAGCAAGAUAGUUUUUGUGAUGGCCAAUAUUGUAACAUUUCUCUGCUGCAUUUUAUCAGCCAUUAAUCUAUUAUAUUUUUCAUGUUUUCACCAAUAAACUUUUGUAUUAAAUACAAUUUUUAGUUUUAGACCAAUAUUUAAAUAAACCGCCACCUAAUACCCCA